GAGCGGAGAGAGGGUUUAAAGUUUGAAACUUGCAAAUAGCUGUGUGCAUUCCAUCGCGUGAGUUGAAUUCGUUUCAUUCGGAAAUAAAAAGGAAAAGAAAAAAAGCAGCAUUCCCGAAUUGAGCAAGGAAAGGGAAAAAGAGAAGCCUCUGAUCAAUGGCGAAGUCGAGUUCGUUGGCUAUGGCGGUGAUCUGCGCCGCCGCAAUACUGGUGGCGAUGAGUCGGUGGCCGACAGCCGAGGGCGGCGGGGACCACCACCUGGGAUUGGGAUGGGCUUCCACGUGCAAGGGGUCCAUCGGGGAGUGUCUGGGAGGGGAGGAGUAUGAGUUGGACUCGGAGAUCAACCGGCGCAUCUUAGCCACCAACAAGUACAUCAGCUACGGUGCGCUGCAGAGGAACACUGUUCCAUGCUCUCGCCGCGGCGCCUCCUACUACAAUUGCCAACCAGGGGCUCAGGCCAACCCUUACAGCCGCGGCUGCAGCGCCAUUACGAGGUGCAGAAGCUGAAAUUUUCUUUUUCUUUUUUUGUCCAAUGUGUUUUUGUUGUUGUUAUAUAAAUUUAUUUGUUAUUCGUCAAUAUCUGUGUUCAUCCAUUUUCGGAUUGCUAUUGUCAGAAUACACUGCCUCCUCUUAAAUCUUAAUACCAGUAUUAUUGUUAUUAUUUGGAUUUGAACGUUUUUGUAAAAAGAAGAGAAAAAAAAAAUGUCACUGUUUUUCUUUUCUCUGCUAACGUUUUUACUUUGCUUUUGCCCACUCUGUGCUACUCAGAGUCUGAAUCUGAGUGGGUGGGAAAAAGACAGAGGCCGUGUCCAUGUAUUGGUGAUUGUAUCAGCGAUUCAUUAAUGCUCUCGUUU